AUGAACCCCUUCCGAAUAUUCACCCAACGGCUACGGCCAGCACUCAACGGCAAGAUGGCGACACAAGAACUUGUCAGCACGUAUGGGUCGACGGUGGUCAAGAGCCUGGCGGUUGCUGGUAUAGGAGGGGCGGUUCUCUCGCAAUUCAUGAGAAAGGCAGAGGCGGAAUCGGGAGAACCAAAGAAGAUAUUCCCACGACCAGGGCCCUCAUUCACCAGACUCACCCUUGAGAAGGCCGAAGAUGUCAACCACAACACCAAGAGGCUGCGGUUUGCGCUGCCCGGCGAGAACGAUGUCAGCGGGCUCCCAUUGACAUCUGCGCUUCUCACUGUUGCUGUGCCCAAGGGUAGGAUCCUCCCGGUGCUCAGGCCUUAUACGCCCAUCACGACCUCAGAUACGCCAGGCCACAUGGACCUGCUGGUGAAGCGAUAUCCACAGGGUGCGCAAUCUACGCAUCUGCACUCCCUGGCCCCGGGCGACUCGGUCAUGUUCGCAGUGUGCAUUCCGGGCUACAAGUGGGCGCCCAACAAGCACGACUCCGUCACACUCAUUGCCGGUGGCGCGGGCAUCACACCCAUCUACCAGCUUGUCCAGGGCAUCCUCAACAACCCAGAGGACAAGACCAGGAUCACCCUCGUCUUCGGCGUCAACAGUGAGCAGGACGUGCUGCUGAACGACGAGUUCAAGAAGUACGAGGCGAGCCACCCGGAGCAGUUUAAGGCUGUAUACGCGGUCAGCGGCCUAAAGGACGAGAGCGACAGCCGCUUCAGAAAGGGCUAUGUUACUGAGGCUCUGCUGAAGGACGUUGCGGCGCCGGCUUCGGAUGCGAACACAAAGGUCAUGGUCUGUGGGCCGCCUGCGAUGGAGGAGGUGCUGCUUGGCAAGAAGGGCUGGGGAGGCAAGAGCGGUGGUAUUCUGGAGAAGCUGGGGUAUCGCAAGGACCAGAUUCACCAGUUCUGA